AGUAGGUUCAGCUGUCAAGACUUUGCUGCAUGUGAAGAAGCUACUCUGGCUUUAACCGCGUCUUCCUUUCGAGAGAGAAGAUGGCGCUGAUGGGGAUUCAGCUGGUGGUCAGCUUGCUGGCUGCCAGCAUCAUGCAGAGGAUGGCUCCACACUGCUCAUUUGCACGCUGGCUCCUCUGCAGUGGCAGUCUGUUCCGGUUCAAACACCCGUCAGAAGGAGAGCUGUGUGCGCUGGCCGGGAAGCAGAUGCCCAAACAAACCAGGAGAGACAGGAGACAGAAUGGGGAGAGUAAGCCUCUCACUGUACCCAGAGACAUCGACCUUCACCUGGAGAAAGCUCCAGUCAACACCAUAGACGCUCUGGUGCUGCGUUUUUUCCUGGAGUACCAGUGGCUGGUAGAUUUUGCCGUCUAUGCAACAGGUGUCUUCCUUUUCACUGAGUGUUACUACAGCGUUGUAGAUGCCAGCAAAGAGGUGAACAUUGGAGCCAUCUGGUGUGUCUUGACCGUUCUCUUCAGUCUAAAGACCCUUCACACUCUGAUGAGCCACUACUUUCGCUCUGAGGAGGGCGGCGAGCGCUCGGUGUGCCUUGCCUUCGGCUUCCUGUCUCUGCUCGUGGCCAUGCUGGUGCUGGUGGUCAGAGAGGACUACCUGGAGUUCGGCCUGGAGUCGGGCUUUUCCAGCCUCUUUGACAACUUAGAAAUCUUUGCCAAACAGCAGGGCUAUGCUGACUGGUCAAUCCCGGUGACUAAACUGACGGUGAAGCUCGGUCUGGCUGCAGUCUGUGCUUACAUCGGUGCUCUCCUGGCCUUCCCCGGCCUGCGACUGGCUCAGACUCAUCUUGAUGCUGUACAGAUGAACUCAGACCGCCCAAUCAUUCAGAUUCUGCUGCACAUGAGUUUCCUGUCUCCAGUCAUUGUUUUGGUCCUGUGGGUGAAGCCUAUUGCACGUGACUUCCUGGCAAAUGCACCUAUGGGAAAAACCUCUGUCACAAUAGUUUCCAGUGAAACAUUCGACAGCAUGCGCCUGUGGAUCAUCGUGGUGUUGUGUGUGCUGCGGCUGGCGCUGACUCGUUACCACCUGCAGGCCUACCUCAAUCUGGCUCAGAAGUGGGUGGAGCAGAUGAAGAAGGAGGCGGGACGCAUCGCUGCUAUUGACAUUCAGAGGAAGGUUACUCGUAUCUUCUGCUACCUGACUGUAAUUACUCUCCAGUACUUGGUCCCUAUUUUUCUCGUCCUCUUUUCCACACUGGCGCUCAAAGCACUAGGGGAUUUCUCCUGGAGAACGGGUGCAGAGCAGACGCCCGGGGUGACUCCAGCGCUGGUGAUGCCCACAGCAGCGCCUGUGCUGCCUGGCGGCCUCGAUGAAGAUGAAGAGGGCGUGGAGGACAUGGAGGAGGACAUCCAGGCCACAGUGGCACACCUGACAGCAACCUUUGCAGCGCUGCGCUCUGUCCUCACUCCACUGUUCUUCAGAGGUUUCUUUGCCUUCCUGACAUGGUGGGUGGCUGCCUGCCAGGUCAUCAGCUCUCUGUUUGGCAUCUACUUCCACCAGUACCUUAUGCAGAACUAACUGAGGGAAACAGAGUGCUGUACUGUGUCACCUGCAAUGCAGCUCCAGCCCUCUGCUGUCUGCAGGCAUUUUCUGCAACAGCAUAUCAACAGCUAGGAGGACAUGUCAUUAAAAUACACAACUGUGGACAGAAUGCACCUAUAUGUGGCUGUAACAGAAGUUUUGAUUGAGGUUUGUUGAGAGGAGGCAGGUGAUGGACACUGUCUGUUGCAAUACUGGCUACUUUUUUUGCUAUAAUACUUUUUGUGACCAGCAGGCUACUGGUAUCAAUUACAAAAAUGUACAGAGAGAACCACGGUCUGUAUCACAAAGCAAGUUCAACUUAGUCUGGCUCUCUUUGGGUUACCUGGCUUUACUCGGUGUAAACAAUCCAAGAUAACUGGUAUCACAAAGCUGGUUAUUACCUGGCUCAGUCAGCUCUGCGUUUACUGAUCCAGCUGCAGGUGCAUUCAUGUGAAAGAGGCAGUUUUUAAUUAGAGGCAACAUCAAAAGAACCUUGAGUGGAGUACUUAAUAUGACAGAGACACCCACAGGGAAAUUAUGCUAAUGUGUUGGCAAAAGGCGAGUAGAAUCUAGAAAAGGCAGGAAUAAUUAAGAAAUGUUCCAAGUAUGUCUAUAAGUAAGCAUAAGAACUAAGCUUUUUUUAAAAACAAUAUUUUGGCAUUUUCAACAUGUUCAGUAGUGUAGAAAAGUUAGUUUAGUAGCAUUUUUUUGUCUCACUGACCACAUUUACAUGCACAUAAUGUUCCAUUUUUGCCGUUUUUCAGAAAAAAGACAGUAUUCCCAUUAAGCUGUUGACAUGGCAAAGGAAAAUGACUAUUCCCAUUUACAUGUAGCCAUUCAUAUUCUGAAUUAUGUGCCCUCACUUGUUGUUUAUCACGUCAAAAUAUGGAAGAGUUGAACAGCUGUAGCCACUUUUGUAUGCUUCUUUGCAUCAAAAUAGAUUUUUUUCAGAGUUUUCCACUGGUGGCAGACUGUUGCAACUAUGCAAACAGCCUCCCUCUAUCAUUCCUUCAACCACCCACUGAAAGUCCAUGUUGUGAUGCUCGUGCAUGUCAAAAAAUCGGACGAUAUCCAAGUCUUUCAUACUGUUUAAAAGUAGAUGUGCUUCUUCUUCUAACCAGAAAUGCUGUUUUUUCUUUUUUUCUCUGGGGCAUCCAUCCUUUCACCAGCAAAUUAUUUGUUAUUGAAAACACACAGAUCUGAGUCGCAAACUACAGUAAGAACCACAAGUGAGAUGCAUUUUCUGAAGGCGCUGUAAACACGUAACAAUAGCAAUGGAAUAUGCUGUUUGGAUCACCUGUAUCAAAUUCAGGGUAUUUUAAUUUUCAAAAUAAUAGUGGACCACUUGUGUGCAUGUAAACAUGACUUCAGUGAACAAACAGAUUGACAGGUUUUAAUCUGAUUCUCUUAAGGUAACUUUAUCUGGAGCAGGUUAGCUGUGCAGCUCAGGUCACCAUGGUGAUCUAUCUUUGUUAAAAGUGAGCCUGCUUUGUGAUACCAGAAAAUAAUAGUUAAGCCCGAAGAUAUGCAGCUAACUCACCGAUCUUUCUAUGUGCUACAGGCUUCUGGUCAUCAUCCAGUUAUUGCAGCAGAUUGUUUUUCUGCAUCUUCUCAGACGUAUCUAUGCCAGUGUUACCUGAACUGUUCUUAACAGAACAUUAUUGAAUGCUGCAUUUAAGAUGUUUAAUUGGUACCAGGGUAAGUGUUUAUCCCUGUGUAGAUAAGACGUUUUAUUUUUGUGAGGGACUCAUUGUCCUUAAGGAACCGAUUCAAGAGUGCUAAAAGGUUUUUUCUUAUCUUUUUCUGCCGUAACAUUUUGAUUGCAAAUGCGUAGUAAAGCUUCUGAUCCAUCCUCAAUUAAACGCAGCUUAACGCGAAUUCGCUUGCUGCGAAUCAGCCAAGAAUUUAGGAGCCGUUGCUUUUAUCUAAACCUUCCUAAGUGCCUGGGAGCUCUGGGAUUUUGAGUAAAGUUUAAAAUCUCCUUUCUCCCAAAUCAUUGUUCAAAUGAUUAGAAUCUUAUAGAUGAAAUUAACACUCCAAAUCCAUUUUAUUAUUUUCAAACACUACUGGCAACAUUUUAGUUGCAGUGUCUCUAUUAGCUUCAGUUUUUAGGUUUUUUUUGUUGCUGUUUUUAUUGCCAAUUAGUCAUGUACAUGUUAAGAUUAACUGAAGCCUACUUUAAACCAGUCUGUGGAUUUUAUUUAUUUAUUUAUGAUGCACUGUCUCAAAUAGCUUUUGUUAUUUAGAAAUGAUACAGAUGGAUGUUAUUCUGUACAUUUUAUGAUUUUUUUGUGUGUGUUUUUUUUAGAUAGUGUAUUUGAAUAGAAUGCUCUGAAAUCAUUAUACUGUGAACUUCAAAUGAAAAUGUUGCUUUUUGAGAUUUUCUGAAUGCAUGGUGUGCAAACUCCUGGCUGUAAUCUGAACAUUUAGUUUGUUUGGCUCAAUAAAACAUUUUAUUAUUUUCA